CUCAACAAUUCUAUCAUAUUUUCCUUACACACUCAAAAGAGACAGACACAGAGAAAGAAAGAAAGAAGAAGACAACAACAAACAAUUGGCGCCUUCAAUUUCUUUCUCUGCUCUCCAAUUUUCACACACACAAACAUAUUUAUAUACCUAUUCAUCUUUAAUCAUUCGAUUCCAUGGAAAUGAGAGAGAGAGCUAACAAGGCUUGUGGAAUAGUGUAGAAAUUUCUUUCCCUUCCACAAUAUUGUUCCGAGGUCGAAGAAAUUAAAAACGACGAGGAUCUAUUUCAAUUUCCUUGUCUCGAUUUCAAUUAAUUAUUUCUCAGCUAGCGAAAGAAUAAUGGAUUGCAGCAGCAGAAGCGCCAUAGCCGCCGGAAAUUUGGAUCCGCAGAGGAAAAGGAGCGGCGGUUUGAGAACUAAACAGGCAGGCCGUGGUUCUUGCAGAGGAAGUUAGAUAAACCUGUCCGAAUAUAUAUAUAUAUAUAGAAUUAUAGAUACAGGAAUUGAAUCGAAUGGGGUAUUUGUUGAAAGAGGCUUUGAAGACUCUGUGUGGAGUUAAUCAGUGGGCUUAUGCUGUUUUCUGGAAGAUUGGCUGCCAAAAUCCUAAGCUUUUGAUCUGGGAAGAAUGUUACUACGAAACUGCGUCGUGCUCUGGCCUUAAUCCCAUAAACACUUUGCAAUGCUCGUCGAGUGGUCGAUCUCAGGACAAGGUUCAUUUGCUAGUCGACAAGAUGAUGGUAGACAAUCAUUUUAACGUUGUCGGCGAAGGAUUAGUCGGGCGAGCUGCAUUUACCGGAAAUCAUCACUGGAUCUUAUCGGGAAAUUAUUUCCGCGAACAACAUCCUCCCGAGGUCCUAAAAGACGUAUGUCAGCAAUUCGCCGCCGGGAUGCAGACAAUCUUAGUCGUUCCCGCGCUUCCUCACGGUGUUGUUCAAUUUGGAUCGUUUUCGACAAUAGCAGAGAAUCCGGGAUUUGUGAACGACGUUAGGUCGUUGGUAGUCGAGCUCGGUUACGUAUCCGGAGCGUUGUUAUCCGAAAACUUCACUUCGAACGAACAUAAUACGAGAGUCGGGAUUCCAAUAUCUCUCGUGAAUUCUACGCAUCCGGGAAGCUCGUCGAUAAAGUCUAAUACGAACGAUGAUAUUCCUUUCUAUUCCGAUGGGUUCGACUAUGUUGACCAGACUUCUAUGACGAUCGAUGAUCGGAUUUCAUUGCCCCUGAACCAGUCGAGGAGCGACACGGCGAAACCCAAAGUUAUCCCUUCGAGUUCGGAAAUGUGGAUAAUUCCAAAUAGUUACGCACCCCCUGCGUCGACUAUCGAUGGACAUUCUAGAAGCUCGUCACAGACCGAACAAAAGAUCUUUCCGGAAGCUGGUGCCCUCAGCCACUUCAACCCGGCAUCCCGCGAGCUUAAAGACGUGACCUUCAUUAAAAAUAGCGAUCCGUUUACGCUAGUCGAGUCGAACAUUUGUGGGGAAGAGAUUGAUCGAAUCGCCAUUGCUGCUUGUGAUCUCUCUCACCGUCUCUACGACAAUAGAAAAUCCGGCGUCGAGCUUAAAAGAAAGCUCGGGGGUGAGGAUGAUGAAGUCUACGUCCAACCCGAAUCGAGGGAUGAUUUGUUCGACGUCUUGGGUGUCGAUUUCAAGAACAAGCUAUUCAGUCGUAGCGGGAAUAACUAUUCGAGCGAUGGGUCUCCCCCAUCCGCGCUGCAUUAUUCGGAUCGGAUUACUUCGCCUUCGAAGAGUCAGCUUUCGUCAGAGAUUUACUCAGACAGCGGGAUCUUCUCCUCGUCUGGAGUUGAUGAUCUCUUGGAGGCCGUGGUGACUAAAAUCCCCCCGAUCAUUGACGAUAUUGCUUCUUGCCGGACCGCUAUGACAAGUAACGUCUCGUUUCAUUACAACCAAUUCGGUGUUUCCGAUCCUAUGAAGCAAGAGUUAUUCGAUAUUCCAAAGCGCGUAGGAAAGAUGGGAGAAACGAGUUCUUGCUCGUUGAUAACAAAGGCUUUGAAGGAUGAGUCGAGUAGCUCGAUUUACGGUUCGCAAAUAAGUUCGUGGAUUCAAAAGAAUGAAAAAAUGAAGCCCGAGAAUACUAUGUCGACGGGUCAUUCUAAGAAACCGGAGACGGGAAAAACGAUGACUCGACGGAGGCUUAAACCGGGAGAAAACCCGCGACCUCGACCGAAAGACCGGCAAAUGAUUCAAGACCGUGUAAAGGAGCUAAGGGAGAUUGUCCCGAACGGGGCAAAGUGUAGUAUCGAUUCGUUGUUGGAACGGACGAUCAAACAUAUGCUUUUCUUGCAAAGUGUUGCGAAGCACGCCGACAAGCUAAAGCAAACCGGCGAGUCGAAGAUCAUUUGUAAGGAUGGAGGUUUGCUUAUGAAAGACAACUUUGAAGGCGGAGCAACUUGGGCGUACGAAGUUGGCUCGCAAUCCAUGGUUUGUCCGAUCAUAGUCGAGGAUCUAAACGAGUCGCGUCAAAUGCUUAUUGAGAUGCUUUGUGAAGAGCGAGGUUUGUUUCUAGAAAUAGCUGACAUUAUUCGCGGGCUCGGGCUAACCAUUUUGAAGGGAGUUAUGGAGUCUCGAAACGGAAAGAUUUGGGCGCGCUUUGCAGUCGAGGCGAAUCGCGACGUGACAAGAAUGGAAAUAUUUAUAUCGCUGGUUCGACUAUUGGAACAAAGCUCGAAACAAGAAAACACAUAUCACCAAGCCUCGACUUCUGUUCCUCUUCCCGGCAGAUCGCAAUGAUCAUUCUUGGUUUGGACAUGUUGAGAGCGAGCAAAACGCGAGCCUCGCCGUGACGAGCAUGUCUACCGGAAACUUAUCGAGCUAUUCGACGACUUCACCUAGGAUUCGAAAAGUCAUAGCACUUGUGUUAGAAGUGGUUCAAGAUUGAGGUAUGUAGUUGUCUUGAGGGAUGGCUUUAGGUUCUUCGACUGGAGUUCGAUUUUUUACGAGAAGAGGUAGUAGAUAUGGGAGGAUGUUUGUCGGGAGAAUUGUGAUAAUGAAUGUAUAGUCACGUGAUGAAGAGGGGGAUAUGCAAGAAUUUAGAGAUUGUGUUUUUUCAUGUAUUCGAACUUUCUGGAAAGUAAAAUGUUAAUUAUUGGGACUUAAUUUAUUUUGGCAAUAAAAAUUAGGCUAUUUUCAAAGUA